UCAUUAGUCAUUACACAUACCAACCAAAACCUGAAACUCAAAAACUCAAAACUCAAUCUCAACUCUCAACUCUCAAAUCUCAACUUCAAAUGGCUGCCACCAACACUUUCGAAUACACUUUCGUGUUUAUUUAAGUUUCAUAUAACUCAUAAUAAACAUGGGUUUCGGAAGAAUGAUUGGUGGAAACUUGGAUCCGGAGAGAAAGAGGAGUGGAGGUUUGAGAACCAAACAAGCUGGAAGAGGAUCAUGCCGAGGAAGUUAGAUUCUUAGUCUUGUGUUUUCUUGUUACUGAUUUGUUUGUGGUAAAAAAAUUCAAGAAAAAAUGGGUAUUAUGUUAAAAGAGGUGUUAAAAGCCUUCUGUUCUUCGAAUCAAUGGUCCUAUUCUGUGUUUUGGAAGAUCGGCUGCCAUAACACUAAGUUAUUAAUUUGGGAAGAACAUUACAAUGAAUCAUCACUAAAUCCUGAAGUACCUUUUGGAGAGUGGGAAGGAUGCUGGGGUUCUUCUGAAAUUAGCUCCUCUCAGCUUGGGAAUCAAGCAGGAGACAGAGUGCAACAGCUAAUUAACAAAAUGAUGUUGAAUAAUCAUGUUCAUGUAUUAGGUGAAGGAAUAGUAGGGCGGGCUGCAUUCACAGGAAACCACCAGUGGAUUCUUGCGAACAAUCAUAUUAGAGAUGCCCAUCCGCUAGAGGUUCAAAAUGAGGUGCAUCUCCAAUUUUCAGCUGGCAUGCAGACAGUUGCUGUUAUACCUGUUCAUCCUCAUGGCGUUGUUCAAUUUGGUUCUUCCUUGGCCAUUAUUGAGAACAUUGAAUUUGUAAAUUAUGUGAAGAAUAUAAUCCUGCAAUUGGGAUGUGUCCCUGGAGCUCUUCUUUCUGAACAUUAUGGAGCAAAAGAAUCUGAUAGGAAACUUGGGGUACCUGUUUCUAGUGAAAGGCCUGUUUCUGUGGAUCCAUCUGGAAUUUAUAAAGUGACAAGCUCCACUCCAGUAACUGCUGGCAGCUACAAUCAACAGAGCAGCUCAUCUCAACCAUCAAGGCUAGUUGGUCAAGUUUUGGGUUGUCUAGGUAAACAGAUUCAGCAUAAUGUACAAGCUAGUGCGUCAACAUUUCAAACUCCUAAUGUGGCUCAAACUUCAGUUAAAUCCCAUGAUGAUCACUGUGAACCAAAAUUUAGUCAAGUGUUGAAGCCGAACCUUCCCUUCGGAGAUCAAUUGGGGAAUGGAGGUGUGGAUGCUGAAGUAAUCCCCACAAAUUCAGAUGUGUGGCUGAAUCAGCAGGCUUCUUUAUGUAAUUCAAGGACUGCAUUCAAUUAUCAACCUACUUUUGAUCUGUUAAGCGGCAGUUGUAGCAGCCUUAAGUCAGUUGAGCAGAUUUUGACAGAUGCUGCUGUUCGAGGUCAUGUUACCAAGAAUGCAAAUGAAGUAAAUGGUGAUAGAUUUGUGGGUUCUCAGUUGAGAAAAAUUGGAGGGUUAAAUGGAGGUUCUGUUCCUACACAAUUGCUUGAGGGAAGUGAGCUAUGUGGCAGAAUGAUUGGUCAAAUAAGUUCAAAUUCACUUUCAUGCUCAAAAUCAAAUCCGCAGAAACUAGCAGAUAGUAAUCUAUAUGGCUCUUACCUGGCUGGUACGGGGAUUAAAAAUUGCAAUUCAUCAAAAGUGGAGGAGUUUCCUUUGUCUGGUCUGGUAGAUCAAUUAACCAUGAGCCACAUGCUCUCAGGAGGCUCCAGUUUGUCAGAUGUUAAGCAUGGUCAAAAUGAUUUGGCCUCUAUGAAGGAAAGGGUGAGCAAUGAUAUGUUUCAAGCAUUUAACAACCAUCAUCCUCAUGAAAGUAUGUUGUUGAGUGGGCAAAUUCCUGGAUUUAUUUAUGAUUGCCAAAAGCAUGACAAUGCAGAUACAGCUCUAAGGUCUAUCAAUGCUAAAUUUGAAGAUGGAUUUGGGCAACCUCCAUCAGGGGAUGACUUGUUUGAUGUUUUGGGUGUUGAUUUUAAAAAUAAGCUCCUCAAUGGAAACUGGAACCAUUUUCACGCAGAUGGGCAAAAUCUGGGUAAGGUUAGUUCAAUGUGUUUGAAUGAGCCAGAUGUGAAUUCUGAUUUUUAUUCAGUUAAUGAAGGUUUAUCAAACACUGUCACAUUCUCUGGGAUGGGAACUGAACAUCUUUUAGAUGCCGUGGUCUCAAGGGCUCACUCCAGUGCCAAGCAGAUUUCAGAUGAUAAUAUGUCUUGCAGAACAACAGUGUCGAAGAUUAGUAGUUCCUCUAUUCCUGGUUCUUCUCCGUCCUGUGGUCAGGUUAAUUUGUCUAAUCUAGUGCAAGGGGAGCUAUUUGGCCUGCCUAAGUCCAUGGCAAAGGUGGGGACUGUAGGAUCAACUUCUUUUCAAUCAGGCUGUAGUAAGGAUGAUGGGGCGAGUUGUUCUCAAACUACUUCCAUUUAUGGAUCCCAUAUCAGUUCUUGGGUAGAACAGGGUCAUAGUGUGAAGUGUGAUGGUAGCGUCUCGACUGCAUAUUCUAAAAGGAAUGAUGAAAUGACUAAAUCAAAUCGCAAAAGACUUAAACCUGGAGAGAACCCUAGACCUAGGCCAAAAGAUCGUCAAAUGAUUCAAGAUCGUGUGAAAGAGUUGCGGGAAAUUGUACCCAAUGGGGCAAAAUGUAGCAUAGAUGCACUUCUAGAGCGUACCAUUAAGCAUAUGCUUUUCUUGCAAAGUGUCACUAAGCAUGCAGACAAAUUUAAACAAACAGGGGAGUCUAAGAUUAUCAACAAGGAAGGUGGAUUACUGUUAAAAGACAACUUUGAGGGAGGGGCGACAUGGGCAUUUGAAGUUGGUUCACAAUCUAUGGUCUGUCCUAUCAUAGUCGAGGAUCUGAAUCCGCCUCGACAGAUGCUUGUGGAGAUGCUUUGUGAGGAACAGGGUUUCUUUUUAGAAAUAGCUGACCUGAUAAGGGGAUUGGGAUUGACUAUCUUGAAGGGGGUGAUGGAAACUAGGAACGACAAGAUCUGGGCACGCUUUGCGGUAGAGGCAAACAGGGAUGUAACAAGGAUGGAGAUAUUUAUGUCACUUGUUCGUCUUUUGGAGCAGACUGUGAAGGGCAACACAUCAGCCAAUGCUUUGGAUAAAAAUAUGAUGGUCCAUCACUCAUUUCCCCAAGCCACUUCUAUACCAGCGACUGGUAGGCCCAGUAGUUUGCAGUGAGCCACCUGCUAAAUGCUUUUUCGGGUCUGGAUAUGUUAAGAGCAAGCUCGGUGCUGCUUGCCAUGACUAACAUGCAUUUCCAGUGUAAGGUCUUGGGUGGUUUUAACUUUAACUGACUAGUUUAACCUCACUCUUUUAGAAGGGGAGAUCUGUGUAGGUAGUUAAUGUAGUCCUCAAGAAGUUUGGAGUGUGCGUUCCUUCUGGAGAUGUAUAUCUGAAUGUUUGAAUCCGAUGCCUUCUGAAAGAAUUCAACCAUGAAAGAUAAUUCUUAAAAGAGGUUUGGUUCUAUGGUGGAUGCACUACAAAAUUUUUAGUGCUUUAAUUUUAUAGGCAGAGGGUGGGUUGCAUGGUAGUGGGUUUUAUGUUUAACAAAUGUAUAAAGCUCGGGGGGGGUAUGAAAUGAAGGUAUUAAGGUGUUUCUUCAGCCAGACUGUUUUCUUUUCUUUUAAAUUGGUUUUUGUGUGGUUAUAAAUUUUACUUUUGUUUUAUGACGACUGAAUAUGAUGAAUAUCUUCCUUCUUAA